AUGGCCAGAACCAAGCAGACAGCGCGCAAAUCCACCGGAGGGAAAGCUCCCCGCAAGCAGUUGGCGACCAAAGCGGCCCGCAAGAGCGCUCCGGCCACGGGCGGAGUGAAGAAGCCUCAUCGCUAUAGGCCCGGCACGGUGGCUCUGCGGGAGAUCCGCCGCUACCAGAAAUCCACCGAGCUGCUGAUCCGCAAACUGCCCUUCCAGCGCCUGGUGCGAGAGAUCGCUCAAGACUUCAAGACCGACCUCCGCUUCCAGAGUUCGGCGGUGAUGGCCCUGCAGGAGGCCAGCGAGGCUUACCUAGUGGGACUGUUUGAGGACACCAACCUGUGCGCCAUCCACGCCAAGCGAGUCACCAUCAUGCCUAAAGACAUCCAGCUGGCCCGCCGGAUCCGCGGGGAGCGCGCCUAAACGGAGCCUGGCCGGCCCUGCACAUUCACCCCCGAGAUAAAGAACAACACAAAGGCUCUUUUCAGAGCCACUAAACUAUCCAGAGAGAGCAGAAAGCAAUCGCAGUCUUUGCAACAUGUAUUUGAAUAAUACUAAAGGGGGACGGGCGUGACGUCAGUAACGUAUUACAGGGGCGAUAGUUGAAGAUACAGAUCGCACAGCCUGCGGUGGUUAGAAUGUACGCUGCUGUGAAUGUUAUGUAACUUUCACAUGCUUCAUUAUAGUAGUGCAAAUUAAUUCCGGAUUAAACCCCCUCUGUCCUCACUGUCUCCCUUGGUGUUCCCGCCAGCUGUAACUAUAUGAUCAUUGCUGAGUAAGCGGGCGGGAAAACUUGGCGCCAAAUCAUCAACCGUUUUCUUUCAAAUUUGAAAAUCCCGCCGAACUGUAGAUCCGAGAAGGGAGUAUUCGUAUUUAGUCAUUACCCGAAAGAAAAAUUGUAAAUUAAUGCGUCUAGAAGCUAUUUGAAGGAUUCGAGAUUGUCUUCGGAGGGAAUGAAUACCCUCAUCCAGCCCUGUGAGGAUUUCGUGAAUGUUCUUCGGCGUGAACGCAUUAAUAACGAACGCCGCCUUUGGGUAUUAUUUUAAUACCGUGCCCCCUUAUUGCAAAAGCUCCACAUUAACAAUUCCAGUCCGGCAACUGUUCUGGUUUGAUCUCAGUUCGUUUUGAAAGCUUCUAACCGACAGCAGAAAGCCUUAUUUACACUAUUCUGCAACACAACAGAAGCCGCCAUGAGUGUUGGAAAAAUUUUAAAAAUGUGUAACGUUUGUAAGAAAAUGAGCACUUUUGUUUCCGAGUGGUGACACUCAGGGCUCACACCCCAACCUCGGAUUGUCACUCCCGGAAUAAUCAAAUAUAAGAGAGUGACUUGAGCAAAUAGCAACAAACGGAAAGAAAAAAAGAUUCACUGGUGUUUCAAUAUGAUCCCUAGAAGAAGGGAGAAGAGAGGGCACAUUCUCUACUCUUGAUGCCAGCGCCAAAUCAUCAACCCCUUUCCUUCCAAUUUGAAAAGCCAGCCAUUUCACAAAUAACGGAGUAUGUUUUCCAUAGAAAAAUGAUAUAUAAAAAGGAGAACGUUCUUCAGAGGGGAAUUCGUCAAUACUUGUUAUAAAUAUAUACUUCAGACAAUCUCUCUCGCUCAUUCAUUUGCCUAACUGCAUCUAUCACUUUCUACUUUUUUUCUGGACCUGAAGAACUGGCAAAAACAAAAAACAAGCGUCAAGAACUGCAAUUUAUCUCUUCAUUUCACAUUUCGAAAGCACUCCGAUAUGUUGAUUCAACAUUACAGAACGUUCUUCCAGCUGAGCUCAUUAAUCGUCUUUAGACAAUAUCUUAAUAUCGCCCAGCCUUUUUGCACUAGUUCUGACAUCAGCAAAAACUCCACAUUUGCUGUCCCAGUCCUGCAACUGCUCUGGUUUGAUCUCGGUUCAUUUUGAUAAUCUCUCACCGACAGCAGAAAGCCUCCUUUACUGUAAUUUGAAAUCGGAGAAAACAGCGCCAGAAACCCAGUUUCGAGUCUACUAGGCAUAGAACUAAAGGCGAGAUGUAUCUACUCCUUGUACUCAAAGACGGAGACACGUUGCUUUUUGGUUUGCCUGGGGAGAUAUUCGCCGUUCAUAUCCCAGCGUGAAUGGUGGCUCCGGAACUGACAUUUGAAGUGUUCGUCCAAAUACUUUUUAAAGGCAAAUGAUUGAUGGACCAAUACAAUGUAAUAUUUCCUCAGUACAAAGCCAAGUGUGACCAGCUGCUUCUAACAAACAGCAGAUCUAGAUACCAUCUAUCAACCCCUCAGAAAACAAACAGGAAACAACAUCACAACAAACCUCAGGAACCCCAUCCAGGACAAACAUAUAAAUAGAAAGCAGGAGACAACAGCUUCGCUUCACUUGGAGGUCGCCACUGAUGAUGUUAUCUGGCCAGACAAUUACAUGAAGGAGCAAGACAAUGUAACAUUCUCUCGGUACAAAGCCAAGUGUGAUCAGUUCCUUCUAACAAACAGCAGGGAAUUAGAAGAUGAUUUGCAAUGAGGAGACUUAAAACCAGGCAUUACUUCCCAAUCUGACCAAGCUGCCGAGUUUAUUGCCGCCUGAACAUCAUUGGGUUUUGAAGUUUAAAAAAAAGUACUGUUCACAGUUGGGGGAGGAACCGUACGUGUGUUGUACAUGUGGAUAAGUCUUCAGCAGAUCACUGCCCGUCACAAUAUAAAUACAGCUACACUGGGGAAAGGCCAUUCAUCUGUUCCAAGGAUGGGAAAGGAUUCACUCGAUCAUCCACCUUGCUGAAACCCGAGCAAGUUCACACACAGAACGGACCUUUGAAAUGCUCAGAAUGUGGGAGGUGUUUUAAAAACUCUGGGGCACUGAUCUUCCAACAACAUCCUCAGUGAUGAGAGAGAACCUUCAUAUGCUCUCACUGUGGGUGUGGGUUCAAGCCAUCAUCCAACCUCAUUAAACACCAGUGGAUUCCCACUGGGGGGAGACCAUUCACCUGCUCACACAACGGUAAAGGAUUUUCUCAUAAAUCCAACCUAUUAAGACACUAGCGAUCUCUUGGAAGGUAGAGGCUGUUCUGCUGUACUGACUGUGAGAAGAAAUCCAUUGUGAAAUCCAAGCUGCUGAAACACCAGUGUAUUCAAGAAAUUACAGUGCCUGGUUUUUACUGUGAACAUCUCCCUGCUUCAUGGUCUCAACCAGAAGGUUUUGUUUCAAUUCUCACCUGAUAUGGAGCUACGUCAAAGAACUUAAUUAUUUUUGUAAUUGUUAACUGAAUGAUGUCCACUGGGGCAGGUUUCUACUGAAGUUAAUGAACUCCAUCUCAGUUAAAGGGAUGACUGUUCUGGAUGACAGUGAAAUAGAUGCACUGUGUUAAACACACUGUAUAAAACCUAUUUCCAAUUUCUAAGUGCUCAUUGAAGUGAUCUCCCUCUGACUAUGUUAUGGAAGAAUCACUCAAUGUUUGAUCAAAAAAAUACCUGGACAGACCGAAAAUCCUUCACGAAAUUAAACUUUAAUCUUGCAAAAUCAAAGCUGUGGGAGCCAGCUAAAUGUCUUCCCUGGUUCUCCACAGGCUUUGUUCUCCUGCAACUUAUACAGUUGUUCUUCCUGUACUUAUCGGAUAACAUUAGCAUAACCAAUCAUGCUGGCUUGCUUAAUCUUUCUAAACUAAUCACCGACUGUCACACUGGUUCCCUCCAUCACACUUAACCUGUCACAUUACAACGUCAUUGUCUUCAGCAUUAGUUCAUGUACCAGUGAAUCGGCUAACCUAUCACAAUGCACUACCAUUAUCUGUUACUGGAGCCCUGUAAUAUGAUACCCGGCAUGCAUUACUAAGAUAACUAUAUAAUUGCCAGAGUAACUUCCAUAACUGAAGGAGUUGGAAUUUACUGUUGAUCACAUCCAGCACCCAAUUUGAUUCAUUGUAGUCUUUCUCAAUUGACCGUGUGGAAAUUUUAGCCUGGUUACAGGUGUUAAUAAAAUGAUAAAAAGUCAA